UUGUUGAGCCUGCCAAACCCUAAAAUGAAGAAGGAAAACUCAAAAUAAGGAAAUCUCUGUUCUACUCUCUCUCUCUGCGAGUGUACUGAGAAAGAUAGGUAGCAGUGCGUGAAGGAGUUGAGUUAAGAUCGACAAAAGGGAAGAAUCAUGAUGCUAAUACGGUCAAGAUACAAACUUGUGAAAAAUUUUGGCAUUUCUGUUUCUGGGUCUCUUGGAAUAUGCAUGCACUCGACGACAAGCGUGUUGGAUAGUCUUCAAAAUCGUGUGUUGAAGGUUUCGGACCCUAUGAUUCCAGUGGGUCCUAUUCUGGACCAAUGGGUCAAAGAAGGCAGAGAAGUCACCGAAUUUCAGUUCCGUGAUCUCGUUCGUCGCCUCCAUCAAUUUUGUCGCUGCACACAUUCCCGUCAGGGAGACGAAGUGUCCUUGGAGCAGGCUUUGGAUGGGGACGACGUGACAACAUAGAUUAAUAUAUUAGUAUUGUAUAUAGUUUUGUAGUAGUUGGGUUGUAUAUAAAGUUUUAAAUUUUAUGGUUAUUUUGAAUGACAGUAAAAUUUAUACUUUAUAUUUUAGUUUAUAACUAUUCUAUUAUAUCAUAUCUGCGAGGACU